AUACUGGGAACACUCGUUAAAGGUGUGGGAUCUAGUUGCUUCUCUUUUCCCAGUAGGCGUCUUGAGGUGUUCCUGCAGAGGGGCUGGAAUAUGUUUUAGUCAGAAGUAGCUUGGGUGGCAAACUAGCCAUAGUUACUUGUUUCAAGUUUCAGGUUUCAUGCUUUUUUUUUAAUUUUUCACCCUCCCUUUCUUCACUUGUGAAACUGCCUUCCUCUCUCUUUCCCUCCUCUCCUCCUCAGCCUGUUUUGCUACUUUCCUUUUUAGGUGACUGGAGGCUGUUAUUGCAAAAAUGACAAAAGAAAAUGCUUCUGUGUUGCAACUUGUUCUGUCAGUUUCCUGUGAGCUGCUAUUCUCACAUUUAUCUCCUUGGGUUUGGUUCUGAAGACAAUUGUUUUAUUCUACCAAGUAGAAAGCACUUAAAGGAAAUGUAGCUUAAGAAAGAGUGAUACUUUUAAGUUAAAUAUUAACCAGAUUCAAACAAGCUCAAGAGCAUUUCGAGUGAGGUUAACUUGUUGGGCUGGUGAACAAGAACGAACUCAAGCAGUGAAGAAUAGUCAUGGGGAUACUCUAUUCUGAGCCUAUUUGUCAGGCAGCUUAUAAUAACAAUUUCAAUGAAGUUCAACUCCUUCUGGAGCACAACAGCAACUAUCUCAACAUCCAGGACAGCUUCGGUGGAGAUACCCCCUUAAUUUGUGCAUGUAAACAGGGAAACAACAGGAUAGUUAGCUAUCUUCUAAAAAGAAAUGCUGAUGUCAACCUUAGAAACAAGAAGGAUCGUACUUGUCUGCAUUAUGCUGUGAGAAAACGAUUUACCUUCCUUGACUAUGUGCUCAUCAUAAUCCUUAUGCCAGUUAUGCUUAUUGGAUAUCUUCUCAUGGUCUCAAAGACUAAACAGAAUGAAAACCUGAUCAGGAUGUUGCUUAGAGCUGGAGCUGAUGUUAAUGCUACAGACUUUUGUGGUAGCACAGCCCUUCACUAUGCUUGUGAAAUGAAAAACCAGGCAGUCAUUCCUUUACUGCUUGAGGCUCACGCAGACAUUUCUGUAAAGAAUCAGGCUGGGGAGACUCCUUUAGAUAUAGCAAGAAGGCUGCAGUUCUACAACAUUGAAAACAUGCUAAGGAAAACGUCCUAGUCAUCAAGGAGUCUUGAAAAUGCAGAAAAUUACCUCAGCUGUCAAUCUGUCUUGCACAGCAGCAGGAGUCCUGCAGAAGGUUGAGGGCUGUUACUUGAUAAAGACUUGGUCCAACUCCACUGUUCCUUGCUGCAGACUUUGACUGUUUUGUGUGAGAUUUGUCAGUACCCCCAAGGCCGUGUAGGCUGAAAGGAGUUAAUCUGAUUUUGAUAAGCCAUGAAUGAUUAUGUGUUCAAAAUAUUGCCCUUCCCAUCUGCUUCCCCAGUUUUAUUACUUAACUUACACAGACUGUGGAUUUUGAAAGCUAGCUAUAAUAUUUCUGAAAGCCUAAACAUUGCACAUGAUGGUUGGCAGUCAAUGCAAAAAUCAAAUAUCCUUUGGAGUGUAUGUUAUUUGUUCUGUAGGGGAUACACUUGACAACCAAACAACAUGCCACAGCAAUUUAUACAGUCUGGUACCCUUCCUCUUAGUAUUUCUCUUCCUACAGUGGGAGUGACUGGGAAAACAGAUCUCAGCUUGACACUUCUUUCUUCCAUCCCUGCUACAAGUUUCACACACCCCAAUUCUCACUAUGUUGCUACUAGGGAAGCAUUAUCUUUGUUGUUUCUUAUAUGAGAAAGAAAAGAGAUUCAAUGAGUUACUGGAGACAAAGAAAGCGAAUUCCUAGGUUGCUUAAUGCAUUAAGAAAUAAUAAUGAAAACAUGUUUAGUGCAGUAGAGAACCAAGUCUCUUAACUACUUUUCCAAUAUAAACAGUGUGCUAAAGUAAAAAAAUCAGUAAAUGAAAUGCUGAUGGGAAUCAGUUGUAUCCUUCCCAUGGGACUGGACAGGAUAGCCUGCGUUUCAGAAUGGUGCAUGCAACAGGGGAUGCAUGUACCAAAAUAAUAAUAAAUUAAUGACUCUUGCAUAGGUGAAGACAGAAGAAAACCUGCAGUGGUAAGCAAUGUAUUAAUGUGCCCUGGUGCUUUGUGAUUUAAUAAUGCAGCAAUAAAGGGGAAUCUCCUUUCAAA